GCAUCCCCAGGAAGGACUCUGGUACUUGGGAAAGGGGGAGAAGACUGGCUGGUUCUCUACAGCUAUAUGCAAAUCAUAUGCAGAUAAUUGUGGCCCCGGGGGAUUCUGGGACAGGCAGGAUUCCCCUGGGCAGGAGGGGCUCACAGGAGACACUCAGCAGAGGCUGCAACCUAGGAAGCUUUUGGGGACCCCCGCAGGGAGCAUAAAUGAAUCAAGAGAGCUUGUAAAUGCCCACAAAAAACCAGGUCUGCAAGAUGGGCUCCCAGCAAGCACCCUGGGUUCAUGCCUUCCUUCGGGGCGCACUAUGGGAUUGGAGGGGGUCUCUGCCCUCCAUCAGCUGUCCAGCCUCUGGGGCCGGCGAGUGUGAGGCCCUGCUGGUGACGGAGCUGCCAUCGUAGGAGUGUCAGGACUGAUGGCAGGGCCACCCCCGAGGAUGGCAGGGAACCCCUGUUCCCCAGACCGCCCCCAAGGACGGUGCAGGGGCUGUGGCCUGGGGGCAGGGGGCACGGUCUGUAUCCGGGGUAAAAGGUCACUCUGCACUGCUGCUUCCUGCCCCGCCCCUCAGAGCCAGCCCCCGGCGAUGGCACCUGCCCUGCUGGAGCACCUGGGCCACAUCCUCUUCCCGGCCCUCUCUGGAGUAAGUGCACCUAUUGGUUUAGCAGCUGAGGAUGCAGCCAAGAGAGGGUGAGUGACCUGCCCUAGGUCACCCAGCAAGAGAUGGCAGAGUGGAAUUUGAACCUGGGCAGCCUGGCUCCAGAGCCUGUCCUGUGAUCACUGCACAUUGCCGCCCUCCGUGAGCUGUUCGUGGCCUGAGUCCUAAAACCAGGGUCCGAAACCACCACCCUCCUCGACCCCUGGGCUCCCCGGCUGCCCCUUUCAAGCCAGCUCAGGAGUGGCUGAGCAAGUUCGGCUACCUGCCCCCAGCAGACCCCGCAGCAGGGCAGCUGCAGACGCAAGAGGAGCUGGCCAAAGCCAUCACUGCCAUGCAGCGUUUCGGGGGCCUGGAGGCCACCGGCAUCCUCGAUGAGGCCACGCUGGCGCUGAUGAAGACGCCGCGCUGCUCCCUCCCGGACCUCCCCGCCGUGGCCCCGGCCCCCACCAAGUGGAGCAAGAGGAGCCUGUCAUGGAGGGUCAGGACGUUCCCGCGGGACUCGCCGCUGGGCCGCGACACGGUGCGGGCGCUCGUGUACUACGCGCUCCGGGUGUGGAGUGAUAUCACGCCGCUCAACUUCCACGAGGUGGCGGCCAGCACGGCCGACAUCCAGAUCGACUUCUCCAAGGCCGACCACGAGGACGGCUACCCCUUUGACGGCCCCGGCGGCACCGUGGCCCACGCCUUCUUCCCCGGCGACCGCCACACCGCUGGGGACACCCACUUCGAUGACGAUGAGGCGUGGACCUUUCGCUCCUCGGAUGCCCACGGGAUGGACCUGUUCGCGGUGGCUGUCCACGAGUUUGGCCACGCCAUUGGGCUGAGCCAUGUCGCGGCCCCACAGUCCAUCAUGCGGCCGUACUACCAGGGCCCGGUGGGCGACCCGCUGCACUACGGGCUCUCCUAUGAGGACAGAGUGCGUGUCUGGCAGCUGUACGGCGUGCGAGAGUCCGUGUCGCCCACUGCACAGCCCGAGGAGCCUCCUCUCCUGCCAGAGGCCCCGGACAACCGAUCCAGCCUCCAGCCCGGGAGCGACGUGCCGCACAGAUGUGACGCGCACUUCGACGCGGUGGCGCAGAUCCGGGGGGAGGCCUUCUUCUUCAAAGGCAAGUACUUCUGGCGGCUGACCCGGGACCGCCACCUGGUGUCGCUGCGGCCCGCGCACGUGCACCGCUUCUGGCGCGGCCUCCCGCCGCACCUGGACAGCGUGGACGCGGUGUACGAGCGCGCCAGCGACCACAAGAUCGUCUUCUUCAAAGGAGACAGAUACUGGGUGUUCCGGGACAAUAACGUGGAGGAAGGCUACCCGCGGCCCAUCUCCGACUUCAGCCUCCCGCCGGGCGGCGUGGACGCCGCCUUCUCCUGGGCCCACAAUGACAAGACUUAUUUCUUUAAGGACCGGUUGUAUUGGCGCUACGAUGACCGCACGCGGCGCAUGGACCCCGGCUACCCCGCCCAGAGCCCACUGUGGAGGGGCGUCCCCAGCACCCUGGACGACGCCAUGUGCUGGGCUGACGGGGCCUCCUACUUCUUCCGCGGCAAGGACUACUGGAAGGUGCUGGGCAGUGAGCUGGAGGCGGCGCCCGGGUACCCGCAGCCCACGGCCCGGGACUGGCUGGUGUGCGGGGACGGCUCCGAGGGCGCGGGCGCAGACCGCGAGGACAGGGCGCACGCCCAGAUGGGCCGCGCGCAGGACGGCUACGAGGUCUGCUCCUGCACGGCGCGCGCGCCCCCUCGCCCGAGGGCCCCCGGCCCGCUGCUGGCCGCCGCGCUGCUGCUGCCACCCGGCUUCCUGUGGACAGCGACCCGGGGCCCGGCGCUGUGACGGCCGGGGCCACCGAGGACAAGGACUCAGAGCCCCUGGACCCCCAGUGCCCGAACCAAAAGUUCCUGGAGAGAAGCAGCUCGUGUGUGUGGGAAUCUGCGUUGCAGGUGCGGGAGGGCAGCCUCUCGCCUUCCUGCACUGCUGCCU